CAUCACAAAAGUUUCUGCCAUUCUAUCCGACAUGUCGCCGCCAAACACUUCCCGGCCACACCACUAUCCCUGUUUCUAUCUCCUCUGCUUCCUCUCCUUUCUCUCCGGAGUCAAAUCCGACGAGCUUCAAAUCCUCUUGAAACUCAAAUCCGCUCUCCAGGAUUCAACCGCCAACGUGUUCAGUUCAUGGGAGCCCACCAGUAAUUCCAUCUGCCAUUUCACCGGAAUCACCUGCAACUCGGACAAUUUGGUUACAGAAAUCGAGCUUUCGAACCAAAACUUGACGGGGACUGUUCCACUGGAUUCCAUAUGCCAGCUCCAAUCGCUGGAAAAGCUCUCCUUUGGGUUCAACCUUUUGAAUGGUCCGAUCACGCAGGACUUGAACAAAUGCGUGAACUUGCACUACUUGGACUUGGCAAACAAUUUCUUCACUGGCCCUGUUCCAGACAUUUCGUCUCUCACCAAAUUACAGUAUCUGCACCUGAACAACAGUGGAUUUUCCGGCAUUUUCCCGUGGGAUUCACUCCGAAACAUGAAGGGUCUUGUCAGGCUGAGCCUUGGAGACAACCCUUUCAAUCCCAGUCCAAUCCCAAGCGACGUCGUUCAUCUCACCAAGCUGGAUUGGCUUUACCUCUCCAAUUGCAAUAUCCAAGGACCAAUCCCAGCUGGGAUUGGAACACUCACGAAGCUAAUCAACUUGGAAUUUUCCGACAAUAACAUGACCGGUGAGAUUCCAGAAGAGAUUGGGAACCUCGUGAACCUAUGGCAGCUCGAGCUCUACAACAACUCCUUCACAGGAAAACUUCCUGCGAGUUUUAGAAACCUCACCAAGCUCGAGAUGUUUGAUGCUUCUAUAAACUCUCUCGAAGGUGAUAUGUCAGAGCUGAGGUUCUUGACCAACCUGGCGAGUCUCCAACUGUAUGAAAACAAUCUUUCUGGGCAGGUUCCUGCCGAGUUGGGUGAAUUCAAGAUGCUGGUGAACCUCUCUCUGUACUCGAACAGGUUGACGGGUCCUCUGCCUCAGAAGCUUGGGUCUUGGGGGAAAUUCGAUUUCAUCGACGUGUCCGACAACUUAUUGACCGGUCCAAUCCCACCAGAUAUGUGCAAACAAGGUACUAUGAAGAAGCUUUUGCUGCUCAACAACAAUUUCACCGGCGAAAUUCCGGUCAAUUACGCCAACUGUUCGACUCUGAUUCGGUUCAGAGUCCCCAAUAACUUGCUCUCCGGUACCGUUCCCGCUGGAAUCUGGGGUUUACCCAACGUGAACAUAAUCGAUAUCUCGUCGAAUAAUAUCCAAGGCCCGAUUACCUCCGAUAUCAAGAACGCCAAGUCUCUUGAGCAGUUGUUUGUCGGAGACAAUCGCUUAUCGGGUGAAUUACCGGUCGAGAUCUCGGGCGCUACCUCGCUGGUAUCGAUUCAACUGAACGACAAUCAGUUCUCGGGAAAUAUCCCUUCCGGUGUUGGUGAAUUGAAGCAACUCAACAGCCUUCAUCUACAAAACAACAAGUUCUCUGGUUCGAUACCAGAUACGUUAAGCACCGGCGUUUCUCUCACCGACAUAAACAUGGCUAACAAUUCGCUUUCGGGUCAAAUCCCAUCUUCUUUGGGAUCUCUACCGACUCUUAAUGCUCUGAAUCUCUCCAACAACCAACUUUCCGGUGAAAUUCCAGAGACUUUUUCAUCUCUUCGACUAAGCCUUCUCGAUCUGUCUCACAACAGGUUGACCGGUCCCGUGCCGCAAUUUCUGUCACUCCCAACGUAUAACGGUAGCUUCGCUGCAAACGAAGGCCUAUGCAGCUCUAUGACGAGCUCCUUACUCCCUCGCUGUCCUUCAGCUUCAGGCAUCUCCAGGGAAUUCCGUACACUCAUCAUUUGCUUCACAGUGGGCUCAACUUUUUUGCUAAUCCUGUCUAAUUUUGUGUUCUUAUUCUACUUGAAGAAGAGGGAAAAGGAUAAAAGCCGUUCGUCAAAGGACGAAUCUUGGGAUGGGAAGUCCUACCAAGUGUUGAGCUUCACGGAGGAUGAGAUUCUUGAUUCUGUCAAGCAAGAGAAUCUGAUAGGAAAAGGUGGUUCUGGCAACGUGUACAAAGCCGUGCUCCCUAACGGUAAAGAACUCGCGGUGAAGCACAUUUGGAACGCAAAUUCGAGCCGGGGAAAGAGCUGGAGCAGCACUGCACCGAUGCUUGGAAAGCGCGGAGAGACAUCGAAGGAAUUUGAUUCCGAGGUGCAGACUUUGAGCUCCAUAAGGCAUGAGAAUGUGGUGAAGCUUUAUUGCAGCAUCACCAGCGAGGACUCGAGCUUGUUGGUGUAUGAGUAUUUACCGAAUGGGAGCUUGUGGGAUCAGCUGCAUUUGUGCCGGAAGCCGGAGCUCGAUUGGGAGACGAGGUAUGAGAUCGCGGUGGGAGGAGCCAAAGGGUUGGAGUAUUUACAUCAUGGGUGUGAGAGGCCGGUGAUUCACAGGGAUGUCAAGUCCAGUAAUAUUUUGCUUGAUGAGUUUUUGAAGCCAAGGAUUGCUGAUUUUGGACUUGCUAAGAUUGUUCAGGCCAAUGGUGACAGAGAUUUCACCCCUGCCAUUGCUGGAAAACACGGCUAUAUUGCUCCUGAAUCUGGGUACACAUACAAAGUAAAUGAGAAGAGUGAUGUGUAUGGUUUUGGAGUGGUACUGAUGGAGCUAGUGACCGGAAAAAGACCGAUAGAACCGGAGUACGGGGAGAACAAGGACAUAGUGAAUUGGGUUAGCAGCAAGGUGAAGAACACAGAGAGCGUAUUAAGUGUGGUGGACUCCAGAAUUUCAGAGGCUUUCAAGGAAGAUGCUGUCAAGGUACUAAAAAUUGCAAUUCUCUGCACAGCAGCGCUUCCGGCGCUUAGGCCGACAAUGAGAACCGUCGUCCAAAUGCUAGAGGAAGCUGCGCCUUAUGAAUUGGUCGCAAUUGUCAUUGACAAAGAUGGUGCAGAGAAACCAAGUCUAGAGCUUUAAGCUUCAAAUUUGUCAGUUGGGGUUCAAGAUUUUUUUGGUCAUGAUCUCCACUCUCCUGGUAGCUGCAACAUAGCAUGUUUGUGCAAAAGAUGAGACUUGAGGUUAUUUGUAGAUAUCAGCGCAAAAGCCUCUAGUUCUUUUUAAUGUUCUCUAAUUUGUGAAAUGUAACAUAGAAGUAUGAAAAAUGUGAGUGAUGGGCGGUUCCCUUAAGUAAUUGAGUCCAUGUCUACCUUCGUUUCCCAAAUGAUGUAUGGAGCACAAGUCUUAGAAAUAUCAGGACACAAGUAAUACGUGUUCCAAUCCCAACAAAUCUAGUUUCACUCGGAGCGGAUAUAUCGGCGUUCGAGUUUUAGCUCCUUCUGUAAGAAAUUUCAUUUAAGGUAUGUCCUUAUGUCACAUAUAUUAUUGUGAUUAUAAAAUAUGUAUAAUUACAAUGUUCA